AUGGACUCCAGGCUGCAGACCAAAUUCAUCAACAACACAAACUACAAUCCUCACCACUUCACCGACUAUGACUGUUCUCCCAACAACUAUAUCCGAAACUACAACCCUCACCACUUCACAAACUACGACUAUUCUCCCAACAACUACACCACAAACUACAACCCUUACCACUUCACCAACUACAACUGUUCUCCCAACAACUACACCCCAAACUACAACCCUUACCACUUCACCAACUACAACUGUUCUCCCAACAACUACACCCCAAACUACAACCCUUACCACUUCACCAACUAUGACUGUUCUCCCAACAACUACACCACAAACUACAACCCUCACCACUUCACCAACCACAACUGUUCUCCCAACAACAACUACUCCACAGAACACAACCCUCACCACUUCACCAACUACGACUGUUCUCCCAACAACUACACCACAAACUACGACCCUCACCACUUCACCAACUAUGACUGUUCUCCCAACAACUACACCACAAACUACAAUCCUCACCACUUCACCAACUACGACUGUUCUCCCAACAACUACACCACAAACUACAACCCUUACCACUUCACCAACUAUGACUGUUCUCCCAACAACUACACCACAAACUACAACCCUCACCACUUCACCAACCACAACUGUUCUCCCAACAACAACUACUCCACAGAACACAACCCUCACCACUUCACCAACUACGACUGUUCUCCCAACAACUACACCACAAACUACGACCCUCACCACUUCACCAACUAUGACUGUUCUCCCAACAACUACACCACAAACUACAAUCCUCACCACUUCACCAACUACGACUGUUCUCCCAACAACUACACCACAAACUACAACCCUCACCACUUCACCAACUAUGACUGUUCUCCCAACAACUACACCUCAAACUACAACACUCACCACUUCACCAACUACAACUGUUCUCCCAACAACUACACCACAAACUACAACCCUCACCACUUCACCAACUAUGACUGUUCUCCCAACAACUACACCACAAACUACAACCCUCACCACUUCACCAACUACGACUGUUCUCCCAACAACUACACCACAAACUACAACCCUCACCACUUCACCAACUAUGACUGUUCUCCCAACAACUACACCUCAAACUACAACACUCACCACUUCACCAACUACGACUGUUCUCCCAACAACUACACCUCAAACGAAUACCCUCACCACUUCACCAACUACGACUGUUCUCCCAACAACUACACCACAAACUACAACCCUCACCACUUCACCAACUACGACUGUUCUCCCAACAACUACACCUCAAACUACAACCCUCACCACUUCACCAACUACGACUGUUCUACCAACAACUACACCUCAAACGAAUACCCUCACCACUUCAUCAACUACGACUGUUCUCCCAACAACUACACCACUAAUCACAACAACCAUCCCUACAUCACCAACUACGACUGUUCUCCCAACAACUACACCACAAACUACAACCCUCACCACUUCACCAACUACGACUGUUCUCCCAACAACUACACCACAAACUACAACCCUCACCACUUCACCAACUAUGACUGUUCUCCCAACAACUACCCCUCAAACGGAUACCCUCACCACUUCACCAACUAUGACUGUUCUACCAACAACUACACCUCAAACUACAACCCUCACCACUUCACCAACUACGACUGUUCUCCCAACUACACCUCAAACUACAACCCUCACCACUUCACCAACUACAACUAUUCUCCCAACAACUACACCACAAACUACAACCCUCACCACUUCACCGACUAUGACCGUUCUCCCAACAACUACACCCCAAACUACAACCCUCACCACUUCACCGACUACGACUGUUCUCCCAACAACUACACCUCAAACUACAACCCCCACCACUUCACCAACUACGACUGUUCUCCCAACAACUACACCACAAACUACAAUCCUCACCACUUCACCAACUAUGACUGUUCUCCCAACAACUACACCUCAAACGAAUACCCUCACCACUUCACCAACUACGACUGUUCUCCCAACAACUACACCACAAACGAAUACCCUCACCACUUCACCAACUACGACUGUUCUCCCAACAACUACACCACAAACUACAACCCUCACCACUUCACCAACUAUGACUGUUCUCCCAACAACUACACCCCAAACUACAACCCUCACCACUUCACCAACUACGAGUGUUCUCCCAACAACUACACCACAAACUACAACCCUCACCACUUCACCAACUACGACUGUUCUCCCAACAACUACACCCCAAACUACAACCCUCACCACUUCACCAACUACGACUGUUCUCCCAACAACUACACCUCAAACUACAACCCUUACCACUUCAUCAACUACGACUGUUCUCCCAACAACUACACCCAAACUACAACCCUUACCACUUCACCAACUAUGACUGUUCUCCCAACAACUACACCUCAAACGAAUACCCUCACCACUUCACCAACUACGACUGUUCUACCAACAACUACACCAUCAAGUCGAUCACAGAUUUCUACAUCUGAAGACACAACAGUUACUCCUGUAACUGGAGUCUUAAAACAGAUUGUUGUAGCGAUGAGGAUCAAGCUGUCCUCUGUGUCUCCACUGUCUAAGGACGACAUCAGGACCACUAUCAUGCAACAGAUUGAAGAUGAACUGGUGAGAAAAGGGCUCCCAUCAGACAUAACCCUACACCUCGUCAGAAGUGUGCAAGUGGGAUUCACAACGCCAGCAACCCCUGUCAAUUAAACAGGAAUAUUUUCAAGUGCCUCUCAAGUUGAAAACUUUAAGGUCAGCAUCUUUGUCUAUACUGUUGAGCAAAAUGUAACUAUUUGAAUUAACUCUGGGGCACAUCAGCCAUUAAUUAAGAUAUAAAACAAAAUCGAAGGGCUCGGUGAAUGCUGAGAAAAAUGUAGUGUAUUUGAUUAUAUUUCCAUAUUUGUAGUGUGCUAUUUUUUUAUGAAAGUGGAAGCUGAACUAUUUCCUACUCCAAGUACUAUAUUUUCCCCCAUCCAAUAAAACAUAUUCAAAUUCAA